AUGCAUGACACGUGUGAGGAUAGCUCUUUUGGGCCAAUUGCCAAUGAUUGCUAUCGGGGUUGGGACUUUACUUUACUGUUUGAGAAUGCAAUCUUAUCAAUAAUUCCGUCAUUGCUGCUUUUGAUUGCCGGCCUUGGACGACUUAUCUAUCUUCAAGGCCAAAUUCAACUGGUGUUAGCUCGAAAAUUCCAACUUUUUAAGGCUAGCGCUUAUCUAGUUUAUGGAAUGCUGCAAGUAGCGCUAUUGGCGAGCUGGAGCGUCCAUGAUACGCUGAGGUCUUGGUCGUCCAUCACCGCAGCAGCACUGUCACUCGUUACUUUCACCAUCUUGUUGUUGCUCUCAUAUUUUGAGCACGGACGAAAUAUUAGGCCGUCUUCCACUCUUCUUAUAUAUCUUUUCUUUUCCAUGGCCUUUGAUGCAACACGGACCCGUACACUGUUCUUGAUGACACCCCAUUCAAUCUUAUCAGUGUUAUCCGUUUCAUCCACGGCUAUGAAAACUUUUAUUCUGGUCCUAGAAUCAUGGGAGAAGGCAAAAUAUAUCCAACGACCCGUUUGUGUCCCUUAUGGCCCAGAAGAUACAAGCAGCAUACUUAACCGUUGCGUAUUUUUCUGGCUUAACCGCUUGCUAUUGAAAGGGGCCAGAUUUACGUUGCUUCCGAAAGACCUUUACUGUUUGGCCCAAGGAAUGGAUGCUAAUUCUCUUGGAUCUCCGUUCCUGGACACCUGGGAAAAACUCAGCGAGAAUCACCAGAGAUAUGCUGUCAUGAGAGCCCUUACUAUAACUCUAAAGUGGCCCAUUAUAAUGGUGGUUCUCCCAAGAUCAAUUUUGAUAGGGCUAACCGUCUGCCAGCCCAUUUUAUUAAACAAGCUUCUAAACUACUUAGCUGAGCCCUCAAAUUUAAAAGAAGAAGACAUUGGCUAUGGAUUAAUUGGUGCAUAUGCUCUUGUAUACCUUGGAAUCGCUAUCUCCACCGGAUUCUACUGGUAUUACCACUAUCGAGUACUCACUAUGAUCCGUGGCUGUCUAGUGUCGGCUGUUGGCAGGAAAACCUUACAAUUGAAUACACAUUCCGUCGAGGACCCAAAAGCGGCUGUGACAUUAAUGAGCAUUGACGUCGAAAGGAUCAUCUUCGGUCUACGGAGCUUUCACGAGUUCUGGGCAAAUGCUAUUCAAGCUGGCUUCUUAGUUUUCCUCUUGGAGAGACAGCUUGGUAUAGUGUUCAUAGUACCGCUUGUUAUUGCGGUAUUAUCCUCUGUGUUGUCCAUAUGGGCAAGCGGUUCAUCCGAUACUUAUCAGACAGCCUGGACAAGUAUUUCUCAACUCCGAAUUGGAAGCAUCUCAAACAUGCUGUCGUCAAUCAAACCACUGAAGAUGCGAGGACUGACUGAGACACUAUCCUCAGUUGUUCAAAAUAUCCGAUUGCAAGAGAUUAAACUAGCCAACCGAUUCAGAAUGCUUUUAGUAUGGACCACAGGGCUAGGCUAUGUCCCACAGUUUAUUUCACCACCCCUCACUUUCUUGCUAUUCAUUCUACGCGCAAAAGGAAAUAGUCAACCGUUCGAUGCCUCUAGAGCAUUCACAUCUCUGUCGCUGUUGUUAAUUUUGGCUCAAUCCCUCAGCCAGACCCUUCUCGAUCUACCCCCACUCCUCGCCUCAUUCGGCUCAUCCUCGCGCAUUGAUAAGUUCUUGUCAACAGAACCCCGAGUUGAUACAAGGCAUUUUCCGGUCCUAUCAGAUGAACUGCGGGACACAGCUUGUGAAAAGACAUUCACUCCUAAUCAUUCUAUCGUCAAAGUGGCAGAUGGGUUCUUUGGAUGGAAAAGUGGCCAUGAUGUUCUUCGCGGCAUCAACAUUGCUAUCCCUCGAGGACAAUGCACUUUUAUUGUGGGACCCGUUGCAAGUGGGAAGUCCACACUCUGCCAUGCUUUGCUUGGGGAAACACCGACAUCAACAGGCAAAGUUGAGGUAUUUGCCGACACAAAGGGUAUUGGUUUCUGUUGCCAAACGCCUCAUCUAACCAAUGGGACAAUUCAGCAGAAUAUCAUAGGGUUCUCGGCCCUCCAGCCCGAUUGGUAUAAUACGGUUGUUAAAGCUUGUGCACUCGUUGCUGAUAUUGACUCUCUGUCCCACGGAAACGAAACCAUGGUCGGCAGUGAUGGAAUAAACUUGAGUGGUGGCCAGAAGCAGAAGAUUGCAAUUGCUAGGUCACUUUAUGCUCUAAAACCGAUACUGCUGUUUGAUGAUGUGCUCAGUGGACUCGAUUCUACAGGGGCAGCCCAUAUCUUUCAGGAGGUCAUGGGCCCAAGGGGACUUGCACAGAAAAGGGGCAUCACGGUGAUUCUUGCAACCCAUGCUACUGAGUUUCUUCCCUUUGUUGACCACGUUAUUGCUCUCAAUGAGUCCGGCCAAGUUGCACAGCAAGGGGCCUUCCAAUCACUGCGUUUGCAAGCCGGCUAUAUUGGUAGCCUUUCCAUCUCAAAGGAGGUUGAGGAAGACAUCGUUUCCCGUACUGAUCAAGAAAUUAUUAAUCAUGUGGGGGCUCUUAUCAGUAAUGAAAAAACUGACGAAAACAUGCCAAUCCGACCUCCAGGGAAUUUCAGAAUCUACCGUUAUUACUUUAGGGCUGCUGGGACCUGGACAUCGAUUCUUUUAUUGGCACUGGUAAUUUGUUAUGCUACUCUAUACAACUUCCCCACCUACUGGUUGAGGAUUUGGGUAGAUGCUUCAAGUUCUUCUCGUCCAGCCAGACUGGAUGAUAUUGGUUACUGGGCUAUCUACACAGUUCUCCAGAGCUCAGCCCUUUUUCUAUUGCUUGGAGUGGCAUAUCAUACCCUCAUCCGUUUCGUCAGCAGAGCCGGUUCAAACUUGCACAAAGAUAUCCUCGCUGUUGUAAUAAAUGCUCCAUUAUCAUUCUUUGGUUCAACAGAUAUCGGUGUCACUAUCAACCGGUUCUCUCAAGAUAUUCAACUUGUCGAUACUGAGUUACCCAUGGCAUUAUUAAACUGGCUGUUAACUGUAUUUCUGGCGCUUGGCCAAGUAAUAUUGAUCAUCAUUUCGUCACCAUGGGUGGGGUUUGCCUUUAUAAUCAUUUUUCCAGUGUUAUACACAAUGCAAAAUUUCUAUCUACGGACCUCCCGCCAGCUAAGAUUGUUGGAACUCGAAGCAAAAAGCCCUUUAUACUCGAACUUCUUGGAGACUCUAAAUGGACUAUCCACACUUAGAGCAUUUGGCUGGACAACUCAAACAUUGGAGAUAAACCACAGGCUUCUUGAUGAAUCCCAGAAGCCAUUAUACCUACUCUACAUGGUCCAACGUUGGCUUACAUUUGUUCUUGACGUAAUUGUUGCUUUUAUCGCAGUCAUAGUUGUCACUUUAGCGGUGACGCUGAAGGCGAGCGGCGGGCUCACUGGCGUUGCUCUAACCCAGGUGCUAUCCUUGAACCUGAUACUUACUUCAAUUAUUAUAGCAUGGACCUCUCUAGAGACUAGCAUUGGAUCAGUUAGUAGAAUCCAGCAUUUUACCAAAUCUACCCCGUCAGAACACAAGUCUGUCGAGGUUGUCCAACCUCCAUUAGACUGGCCGCAUCGUGGCAGGAUUUAUAUCAACAACGUCACUGCUUAUUACGAGUCACGGCCUGGAUCUCCAGUCCUUAGCGAUUUGAAUAUAACCAUAGAGGAAGGGCACAAGAUUGGUAUCUGCGGUAGAAGCGGAAGCGGUAAAUCGUCUCUCCUUUUGCUCCUAUUACGCCUACUCGAAGUUCAAGGUGGUUCCGUUACAGUGGAUGGCCUCGACUUGACCAGCCUGCCUCGCAACAUCAUUCGCAGCCGUUUUAAUAUGAUACCACAAGAACCUGUGUUUAUUCCUGGAACAACGCGCUCUAACCUUGAUCCUAAUAACCAAUAUUCCGACUCCGAAAUUACUAUUGCGCUGAAGAAAGUCCUCCUUUAUGAUGUGAUAAGCACUCUAGGUGGUAUCGAUUCCGAAAUCCAACCAAACUCUUUGAGCCAUGGCCAGCGUCAGUUAUUUUGCCUUGCAGGUGCUAUUCUUCGAAAGUCAAGGAUUGUUUUACUCGAUGAAAUUACCAGCAACGUCGACCAAGCUACGGACGAGUUGAUGCAGAAGAUUGUUCGUGAAGAGUUUAAUCUGUGCACUAUUAUUGCCAUUGCCCAUCGGUUAAACACGCUUAUAGACUUCGAUAAUGUAAUAGUACUAGACGGAGGGCGGGUUGUUGAGUCGGGGAGCCCGCGAGACCUACUAUCUAAAGAUUCUUUAUUCAAAAAGAUGUGGAGAGGAGAUACAAGGCAUAUUGAUUGA